AUGGAAAAGGGUUUAAGGCGAGGGCUUGAGGCCGACUCAAACGUCCGACUCGGCCCUGGCCCGAGUCCCGCCUCCAUCUACCGCGGCCCCGACCACACGUUUACGGGGCACCCCCCGGCCACCGCCGCGCUCGCCGAAGGCCUUUGGCUGGCCGUCUUUCCGCUCGCCAGCUACGCCGAACCCCAGGCCCAGGCGCAGUCGGGCUCUCGACCCGACGACCAUCAGUACCAACCGUGCGCCCGGCUCAGUCUGCCCGUGGCCUCGCCGGCGGCUCGCCCGGCCGGCCGGCCUCGGACCGAGGGCGUUGUAGUCAGACGCGACCGGACCUGCCCGCAGUCCAGUAUGUCGCGAGCCCACGCAUCGACGCCUCCCGAUCUUGCGACCGGACCCGCCUCGGGUGCGCCCGGGGACACAGACUCCACGUCGAGCUUCCUCCUGCCAAGAAGCUGCGACCAGUCAGAGGCGAUCAACGAACCGCCGACAGCCUCCAAGUCCAGGCGUCGGGGUUAUGGGGCCGCCUUCCUCACAACCGACGUACAGCAGUUGGCUCACGUCGACUUGGAAGAAGAGACCUUUUCACUGCCAAUUUCCUGCUAA